GAUCAAUGUCAAGAAACAUCGUACUUUUGCUGAAGUCACCAGUGCAAAUUGGAGAGUAUUCUUUAACAUAACAUCAAAUGAAGCCAUCAAUCCUCUCCUUCAUUUAUCGCGGACGGCCUACAUCGUGAUACAUCCCCGCUCUACCCCGCAGGAGUAAGCGAUCCACAUCUACGGAGAGCGUUCGGGUUGAAGAUAUCCUGCUGUAUCUAUGUCGGAACCCCUUCCGUAGUCUCUGUGGAUCUUAGGUAUGGAUGUUUGAAAUACCGCCGAACAGCCUCUGCCAACUCGUUGUUUCGUGAUUAUGUAUAUAUUUGAAUCACAGAUGGGUUUCGUUUGGAAGACCUGGAAUAGCCAGUUUACGCAGGAAUAGAUCAGAAUGGCACCGGAAAUAAACCACCUUACGUUAUGUGUCCUAGGUUGCGGAAACCUAGGAACCUCAAUCCUCGCUUCCCUUGUCGAUAGUCCUCCGGAAGGCGACAGUGUACCCUCGGCAAACCAAUUUAUCGCCUGCGUCAGAAGCGAAACUUCAGUUCACAGAGUGAAGGAAAGAUUCUCUUCGCACUUAUCAAGGUUGAAAGUGAUGAUAGGGAGUAACGUGAGCGCGGUUCGCGAGUCGGACGUCGUUAUUCUGAGCGUCGAUCCGGCAGACGUCGAGAACACAUUGCGACAAUCCGAUCUCGCUAUUGCCCUAAAGAACAAGCUUUUGAUCAGUGUCGUGGCCGGAUGGACUAGAAAGAAGCUGGAAACGACGAUAUAUGGAAGUGAAACCACGCUUGCAAACAUAGAAGAGCGCUGUCAGAUCGUCCGUACUCUGCCAAACAUUGCAGCCACUGUUGCAGAAUCAAUUACCGCUAUUGAAACUUCAGAACCGCCCUUGGCGCUUCACUAUGUCCAAAUCACAGACUCCAUCUUCAAUCGCAUUGGGAAGACUGCGUAUAUCGACCCCAAAUUGAUGGAUGCAGCCACUGCUGUGGGAGGAUCAACGCCCGCACUUUUCUCUGUUAUCUGCGAUGCAUUAGUUGAUGCAUCAGUGGCUGUUGGGGUUCCGAGGGCUAUUGCACAGACUAUGAUCUUCCAAGCCAUGAAAGGCACAGCUACUCUUUUGCAGAGCGGAAUACACCCUGGGGCUCUUAAGGAUCAAGGUACCAGUCCAGAAGGGUGUACAAUUGGCGGGUUGAUGGUUCUGGAAGAAGCUGGUGUUAGGGGCCACGUUGGAAAAGCGCUACGGGAAGCUGUUACUAUUUCUCGUCUUAUGGGGAACGUGGCUCAUGUAAACGAUACAAGGCAUUAGAUAUCCUUUAUUUGAAGACUUUCAGCAUCUCUACUGUAUGUAAUGACUUGGCCUCAAGAUAAUUCUAGAUGGACA